AUUUUCUUUCACUAAAAUUCGAGUCGGUAAAUCAUGGAAUGCGGUGAGGCUGCGGCGGAUGACGACGGCCGGGAGCUGGAGGCGGCCGAAGCCCUCGCGGGGUUGGCGCAGCAUGUGGCUGUUUCACAGAUAUGGAGUAUACUAAACUCAUUCCAUAGUCCCACAUUUGUGUUUUCGCUGCUUAUUCAUCAAAGCCUCUGGUAGUUGCAUCUCGUAUUUCGAUCCCAACCUGUGCACCUCUUAAGUCUUCUCCUUUACAUCAGGACCAGCUAGUAGCUGAUUAUGCACCUUUGAAGAUUACAAGUGUCCGACGUAUUCCCACAGAGCAGUGCAGCAAAAGUCAUCGUAUGAAUCCUGUGAUAGAGAAGAUGAGGCGGAAACUCACCGAGGCCGAGAAGGAGGAAAGGAAGCUUCGCCAUAUAAUGGCCAAUAGAGAAUCUGCUAGACAGACAAUUCGACGCAAACAGGCCAUGCAUAUGGAGUUAAACAAGAAAGCAGCCGAUGAGUUGGAAGAGAACGAGAACUUGAAGAAGCGAAAGGAGCUGAUGCUGGAAGCUUUCAAUUCUUUAAAAGGAAGAAAUAGAUUUCUAAAAGCACACUUAGCCGAAGCGAGGAAGGCUGCAGCAGGAGUUACUGAAGAAGAAGUAGAACCAAACUCGUUUUGCUCUGCCACUGCAAUGACUCCGAUGUUUCUGCAGCAGAACCAGCCUCCGCCCUCUCUAGUCCCGUGCUUUUGGCCGCCCAUGGCCUCAACUUCAGACGCCUUCCCGUUCCAAGGCACAUCUCGUCCUCAUCCGCUUCAAUUCCCAAUGGAUACACCACCGUGUCUACAUCAAGGACAAGAACUCUCCACGGUAACACCCAUGUUUAUAGUCCCUGUCCCUUGGGUGCUACCGUUACUUGGAACAAACACUCGUUGCUGUGGCAAGUGUUCGUGCUCGGACGCUAGGAUGAGUGAAGAUAACAACAACAACAAGUCUUGUUCAAACCAGAACGCGAUGAGUGCAGAUGGCGAUCGCAGAACACACGAGCCCCCUGCUGGCAUCGUUGUGCCUGGGCUGUUCAGCCCUGUACGAUGCGUGGAGAAUCUCGACCCUCCUAGGGCUUUCCAGGUAGGUGAUCAUGUUGUUUCUGCACAUGAAACUGGCUUGUUUAGGGGGAAGUCCGAGGAUAUCAUCGUUGCCACAGAGGCGCGGAGGAGGAGGAAGGAGCUAAUGAGACUAAAGAAAGUAAAUUGAAAAAGUUUGUAUGUAUAUUCAGCUUAGACAAAGAAUUUAGAGUGGUGAGUUAUAUUUGGAAAUAAACUUGGAUGUAUCAAAUUGGUUGGAAGUCGGUUUAUUAGUUAAAGUAGGUAAAGGUUGGUGUA